CAAAUCCUGAAACAACGUCAUUUCAGCGAGAGCACCAGACUCGUGAAGAAGAGAAAAAGAAGAAGCAGGAGAAAAGUUUGCUUGCUGUGCCUGUGUUGGUCAGUCUUUGAAGAAAUGGUGAAAUCGACUAGUAAGGAUGCUCAGGAUCUCUUCCAUUCUCUUCACUCUGCUUAUACCGCUACACCAACGAAUCUCAAGAUCAUCGACCUUUAUGUUUGUUUCGCGGUCUUCACAGCUUUGAUUCAGGUUGCUUACAUGGCUCUUGUUGGAUCGUUUCCUUUCAACUCAUUUCUCUCUGGAGUUCUCUCGUGUAUCGGGACAGCGGUUCUUGCUGUCUGCCUCCGGAUUCAAGUGAACAAAGAAAACAAGGAAUUUAAGGAUUUAGCACCGGAGCGAGCUUUUGCUGAUUUUGUCCUCUGCAACUUAGUCCUCCACCUAGUGAUCAUAAACUUCUUGGGAUAAACUAAACACCUCUCAAGCCGGACAUAAAUCUCAUGAGAUUUUUGAGAACAAUCACUGCACUUGCUUUCCAUACAUCAUAAACUUUAUUUCUGAUAUUUGAGAUUUUAUCAUCUUAGUAGCCCUUAUGUGAAGAGCUUGUUUUUCUUUUGUUAAUGCUACUUUCUCAUAGUGAUUGAGCCAACUCCACAGCCAGUUUUAGGUUCUACGCAAAAGUGACAAAGAACAUACAUCAUCAGGAUACAGAAAUGAUAAGCACAUUGCCUCAG